AUGGCAACGCUCCAAACUUUUUCCUCAGGUGCUGAUAAUGGUUCAACUGCUGAAGGUUUGAAACCAACAAAAUUGGGCGGUAACGUCGCUGGUUUGAAAUCAACACCUAAACAAGCCCUUGAUACCCAUGGUAACGUCUUCAAUGUUCCAGAUUAUACCAUCAAGGAUAUUUUGAAUGCUAUUCCAAAACAUUGUUAUGAAAGAAGAUUACUACAAUCCUUAUCUUAUGUUUUCAGAGAUAUCUUGGCCAUGACUAUCAUUGGUAACAUUGGUUAUAGAUUAAUUCCUUUAGUUGAAAAUGUUUAUGCUAGAUUUGUUUUAUGGAGUGUUUAUUCUUAUUUAUUAGGUUUAUUUGGGUUUGGUUUAUGGAUUUUGGCCCAUGAAUGUGGUCAUGGUGCUUUCAGUGAUUAUACUUGGGUUAAUGACACUAUUGGUUGGGUUUUACAUUCUUAUUUAUUAGUUCCUUAUUUCUCUUGGAAAUUCAGUCAUUCCAAACAUCAUAAAGCUACUGGUCAUUUAACAAGAGAUAUGGUUUUCAUUCCAUACACUAAAAAAGAAUACUUGGAGGUUAAACAAAAAUCAAAAAUCUCUGAAGUUGCAGAAGAAACUCCAAUCUAUACUUUUUUCGUUUUAUUGUUCCAACAAUUGGGUGGUUUACAUUUAUAUUUAACUACAAAUGCCACUGGUCAACCUCAUAAAGAUCAUUCAGCUUUAGGUAGAUCCCAUUUCAAUCCAAAAUCACCAAUUUUUGAUGCCAAAGAUUAUUGGUUCAUUGUCUUGUCAGAUAUUGGUAUGGUCUCUACUUUCACUGUUGUUUAUUUAUGGGCCAAAUAUUUCAGUGUUUGGUCUGCUUUCAUCAAUUGGUUUAUUCCAUUCUUGUGGGUUAACCAUUGGUUAGUCUUUGUCACUUUCUUACAACACACUGAUCCAACUAUGCCACAUUAUGAUGCUGAAGAAUGGACUUUUGCUAAAGGUGCUGCUGCAACCAUUGAUAGAAACUUUGGUUUCGUUGGUCAACAUAUCUUCCACGAUAUCAUUGAAACCCAUGUUUUACAUCAUUACGUUUCAAGAAUUCCAUUUUAUAACGCUAGAGAGGCUACUGAUGCUAUCAAGAAAGUUAUGAAAGAUCAUUAUCGUUAUGACGGUGAAAACAUGUGGAAAAGUUUAUGGAAAGUUAUGAGAUCUUGUCAAUUCGUUGAAGGUGACAAUGGUGUUAGAAUGUUCAGAAAUGUCAAUGGUAUUGGUAUCAAACCAUCUGAUUUAACUGAAAACUAG